AUGGCGUCUCAAGGCGUCAGGAGCCCGGUUCCCCGAUCCGCACCCUCACCUCAACUCUCUACCGACCAUCCGACACAUCGAUAUCAUCACAGCCCUUGCCCGCCUAUCUCGUCACCGCGAGCCACUCCCACUCCCAGGCAUCAGACGCCUCAGUUGUCGCGAGAGGGCAGCGUCGAAUCUCCCCGCACUCGCGCGGUCUCGACAUUUCUGCAGGAGAAGCUGCAGCGGGAACGCAGGGCCGAGAGCGACAAGUUCAGCCAGAGCUCAAUGACGCGAGUCAACGAGGACCUUGGCGCGUCGGUUGAGCUCGGCCGUGUCAGCUCUCCUAGGAGGAGAUCCGUGGCGGCAUCAUCCGAUGGAUCGCGCCCCAAGUCCAGCAGCGGCGGUGGCAUCGAACUCGCCAAGAAGCCUGGGCUGGGCGUCAAAGACAUGGAACACGUCAUCUCUAGCCUCCACAAGCAAAACUUCGACCUCAAGCUGGAACUCUACCACCGCCGAGAGAAGCAGUCAUUGCUGGAAACCAGCAUCGAGUCUCUAGAGCGAGACAAGCGCCAAACCGAGGAGAUGAACGAAACCCUACUCGACGAGCUUGAAAAACGCGACAAGGCUGUCGAGGAGGCCGUUGCCAUGAUUGUCCUCCUCGAGGCAAAGGUCGAUCAGCUCGUCAAAGAGCGCAACAUGGUUCUGCAGGUAGAGCAGGAGGGAUUCUUUUGCCGCCAAGACAUGGACCAAAAGUAUCUUCGGCCAUCCCUCGAGCUUCCAAUCGACGAAGCCGGCAGGAGUGGCGACAGCUUCAAGGCGAUUAACCGCGUACCCAGCUUCUUGUCUGAAAAGAGCGAAAACACCGAAAACCUGCGUAACGUCUAUCUCGGAGUGAGAGGAAGCACGCUCAGCCUGGCACGUGUAACCGAAGGGGCGGAUGCGGAUAACGGCCCGUCCAACGUCCCGGGUAGCCCUACCUUGAGUGUUCUCAGCGAGAGUUCCUUUGCGAGUGUUUACGGCAAAAAGAGCCAGGACAGCAUCUUCCCUCGGCCCGUCGACCAACCCCUUAGCCUGGAUGGCAUCGAGACCGAAUCGCAAAGCCUGUCUACUGGCCGCCGAGACAUCUCUAGGAAAAUAUCCCCUUCGGGUUUCCCGCCCCGAGCGGCCACCGCCAAUCACUUCCUCGGUGGACGCCGCUCCUCAUCUGGCACCCGCCAUUCCAUCUCGGGCGCUUCUGUGGACCGCGUUUCCCCCUUGCAGCAAAUUGAGAAACUGGGUAGGUCCCAGAGCGUGCUACAAGAGGGUUUCCGUCCCGCGCCCAGCCAGGCCGGAGACCGACGUCGCUCGCAGCCUCCUACCCUGAGGAAAGUAAUGACGGAUGGCCCUGGCACCGCGCGCCUUCACGAUCCAAACUUCCCGCCCACUCCAGACACAAUCUCAACCUCCACACUGCACCGAAUGCGCAAUUCCAACGACUCCCUUGCUAGGCAAGACAGCCGGAAUGAUAGAUACUCGGUGACGUACAGCGAUCAGGAUAACCAGUCACUGCGAGUCUCGUUCCGAGGAAAGCCUAGCCUUUUGCGUGGUCAAGACAAAGCCACGGAAGGUGAAAAGCCAAAGGCUCGUGGUAUCAGUGCUCCUAUGCAGCGCCAUCAGCGAGCCGCCAGCGAUACUGCUUCCUUCCAGAAGAAAGAGAACCGAUGGGACAGCACCGACUCUGAUGAGCACUCCGAGGUCCACUCUCUUCGGUCAAGCCUCGACAUUUGGAUGCGAGAGAGCACCAAACCAGAUCUCUUUGGCAUUCCCAGCACCAAAAAGUCGCAAGGGAUUGACAACGAUGCGGAUUAUAUCAACGAGCUCUUCUCUUUGCGUCAGUCCCUCGCUACCAAUACCGCACCGCCCCCACCGGAUAGGCGGUCGAGCCUUCACGCUCGAACAUCCUCCACAACUUCAUCCGUCCGAAACUCGCCCAGGACACUCACUCUUACCAGUACACCAGAGCAGCCGGAGGAGCUUUCAAGCCACUCAAGACAUCACAGUGAUGGUGCAAGAAUGAGAGAUGAAAUCCACACACCUGCCCAGUCCCCGACUAUUCUGCAGCACCCGCAAAGCGAGAAAAGGGGCCAAUAUCCCCCAAUUAGCGGCCCGCGUACUGCUCUCAACAGACUGUUUCGUCGCUCGUUGGUUCCCAGCUCGCCGUCCAGCACUCCGGCGAGUGCCACAGAUGCCACCUUUGCUGAGGCCUACAAGACCAGUCAGGGCGUCAGUCUGCAGCCUUGGCUUAACAGAGAAGCCGAUUUCGACGACCGGGCAGGAUCGACGCCGCCGCCCAUCAUGCUCAAGCCCCGACAGAUGAGAAGAAGCACUGUGGGAGCCGAAGCAGCUCCGACAUUUUUACCCUCGUCGACUAGUGCUCCGGUGCGCCUUUCCGACUUGGUUGUCAAUGGCCGAAAUUCACCAAACAUGAAGAAGCAGGUGGUCGAGCAAGCUACGCCGGCGCAAUCGGGGCCGCAUGUGGACAACAGCAUAACUGCAAUCACCAUUCUUUCCUUUGUCAGUGUGUCAACAUACGCUAUACCAGCAUUUUAA